UCAUUGAAAAGAAAAAGCUAUCGACAUGGAGGAAACAGAACAUUAAAACAGUCUUUACAUUCGUAUUUUAGAGCAUUUAAAAAGCAUUUUCGACACGACAUCAUUUGACCGACCUGAAAAGCGAUUGCACAGUCAACCGUACCUUAAAAAUUGAAACUGGCUUUCGAUGCGUAUUUUGAGCAUUAAAAAAAAAAACACUUUUCGACACGAGAUUAACCCGAAAACAAAUUCACAAAAAUCGCCGGCCAAUUCCUGUCAUGUGACGCAUCGAAUUCCGGGAUGCCUGACGGCAGUCGUGUGGCAUUUAAGGCUCGACUUUAAAGUACGUGUUUUUAAUUUUUUUUUGUUUGUGAGCGCGUGUUGUUUGUUUCUACACUGUGGGCGGUGUCGCGUGGGAAGAAAACUGGUUGCCAGACAAGAAAAACACACCCCAACGUGUGGCUGUGUGCUUGUGUUCCGAUGACGCGUCAAACGUCCGCCGAGCUCAAUCGCACACAGAAGCCGCACAAAUCCAACAAGACCAACAAUCCGCAGGACACGAAAUGACAAAGUAAACCUUGCCAAGACGAAGUCGGACUUUUUUUUUUUUUACUUUUAUUUUUGUUCAGUGUUUUUGCGCCCAAACGAAGAGGAUUAUGACUAUUAAAGUGGACUUUGAGGAGUGUUUGAAAGACUCCCCACGCUUCAGAGCUGAAAUUGAGGCGGUCCAAGCUGACGUGGGCGAACUUGAGACGCGAUUAGACAAGCUGGUGAAACAAUGCCAGGCCAUGUUGGAGGCCGGCCGAGCGUACUACCAGAGCAGCAAGAGCUUCGUGAGCGGGCUCCAGAGUCUGGGACAGCACUGCUCCGCCGACGCCACCGUGGGGGAAUGCUUGCAGACAUUCUCCCAGAAGCUGUCGCUCAUCUUGGACGCGCAGGAGGAGGCGAUCGAAAUGACGCACAAGUCAGUCAAGACGAAGCUGCAGACUUUUGUGAAGGAAGACGUGCGGCGCUUCAAGGAUGCGCGCAAGGAGUUUGAGCGCAGCAGCGAAUCCCUGGAGGGGGCGCUGGCGAGGAACGCUCAGGCGCCGCGCGGGAAACCUCACGAGGCGGAGGAGGCCGGCGGCGCGCUGCUCAACGCCCGCCGCUCCUUCAGAUCCGGCGCCCUGGACUACGUCCUGGAGAUCAACAUCAUCGAGGCCAAGAAGAAGACGGAACUGCUGACGGCCAUGUUGUCGCUCAUGGACGCCCAGGCCCAGUUGUUCCAGACCGGCUUCCGGUCCUUGUCGGAACUGGACCCUUAUCGGCGAGAGCUGAGCGAAGAGCAGAAGCAGUUUGUCCUGAAUUCGGCCCGCGAGAAGCGAGACAUGGAGCAGAGACACGCCGCCAUUAAACAAAAGGACGUUUCCUACGACGACUCCAUGAUGGACUUCAAUCCGGACGCCGCGGACGGGAUUGCCAUGGAGGGGUACCUCUACAAACGGGCCAGCAACGCCUUCAAGACCUGGAGCAGGCGCUGGUUCUCCAUUCAGAAUAAUCAGCUGGUGUAUCAGAAGAAAUUGAAGGAGCAGCCCACGGUGGUGGUGGAGGACCUGCGCCUGUGCACGGUCAAGCCCAACGGCGAGAACGACAGGCGCUUCUGUUUCGAAGUGGUCUCCCCGUCCAAAAGCUGUCUGUUGCAGGCCGACUCCGAGAGGCAGCAGCGGGCGUGGAUCGGCGCCGUGCAGAACAGCAUCGCCUCGGCCUUCCACGAGCCCCAACGCAGUCCGAGGCAGCGCCGCGGCUCGGUGUCGACGGGCGGCCCCGUCGACCGUCGGGAGGGCGAGGGCUCGGAGGCCCUGGAGAGGGUCCGGGCCGUCGCCGGGAACCGGCAGUGCUGCGACUGCGGGGCGCCGGCUCCCGACUGGGCUUCCAUCAACCUGGGCAUCACGCUGUGCAUCGUGUGCUCGGGAAUACACAGGAGCCUGGGGGUCCACUUCUCCAAAGUGCGCUCCCUUACCCUGGAUUCCUGGGAGCCGGAACUCAUCAAGUUGAUGUGUGAACUGGGCAACGGCGUCAUCAACGGCAUCUACGAGGCCCGCAUCGACGAGAUCACCUUCAAGAAGCCCCUCGCCUCCAGUCCAAGGGGCGACAAGGAGGCCUGGAUUCGUUCCAAAUAUGUGGAGAAGAAGUUCAUCCAAAAGCUGCCGGAGACGGGUCACAGCACCUUGCCGAAGCGUCCGGGCGCCAAGAGGAACAGGGCGGCCACGCAAGACCGCACGGCGCAGCGCCCGCCGCUCAAGCCCAAACCCAGCCGAAGCACUCUGCCUCGAUCGGCGUCAAGCUCGAUGGAGGUUCAAAAGAACGACACGGGCUCCCGCGCAGAUGGAAAUGACGAAGAGGAAGAGGAUCUGAGCGCGCUUCACCCCGGGGCGCUGCUGUAUCGCUCCGCGGCCCUGCAGAACUUCCCCGUCAUGGCCGACGCGUUGGCCCACGGCGCCAACGUCAACUGGGUCAACGUGGCCGAGGAGGCCUGCACGCCGCUGAUCCAGGCCGUCUCGAUGAAUGCCCUGGCCGCGUGCGAAUUCCUGCUGCAGAACGGCGCUGACGUCAACCAGGCGGACAGAAAUGGGAGAGCGCCACUUCAUCAUGCCACCAUACUGGGUCACACGGGGCUGGUGUGUCUCUUCCUGAAACGAGGCGCGGACUACAAUGCCAGAGACAAAAAUCAGAAGGACCCCAUAACGAUCGCCGUGGACAACGCCAACGCCGACAUCGUCACUUUACUGCGGCUCGCCAAGAUGAACAGGGAGAUGCAAGAGAUGGACGGAUCCCUCGGCAAAUCAGGUGACGAAACCUACCAGCACAUCUUCAGAGACUUCUCGCACAUGGCCUCCAACAACCCGGAGAAGCUCAAGCGUCGCAGCGCAGACGCCAAAUUCUGAAAAAAAGAAAAGAAAAAUGCUGCUUUUAAAAAUGCUUCCUUUUGCCCUGACCGGUAUUGCUAUGAAUAAUUCUAUUGAAAGUGUUGAAAGGUUUUCAACUGAUAUUUCAGUUUUUUCCAUGGAAGGCAUGUCAAGGUUUUCUGUUAUGUUAAAUGCGAGUCCUUGCGAAGUGGAGCGAAAAGUACUUCCGGUAGUUUACGGAGCGACGUCACGCUGCACAAGAAGGCACACGUGUUACUUCGUCACCACUUUAUAUUUAUGACCUAGAAAUGAUCCAAAUAUUUACUAUAAGUCAUGAAAUUUGCUCAAGCGUAUGUUAGCAUUUAGAUGCGCAGAUGUGCACCUGAAUGAUUGUCAUCCAUCCAUCCAUCCAUUUUCUAACGAGCUUCUCUUCACAAGGGUCGCGGGCGUGCUGGCGUCCGUCACUGGUGCGGAAAAUUCAGAAAAUUAAGAAAGCCCGCUAUAGCAAUAGCGCUGUAAACGGACCACAGUAGCCACGGCUGAUUUGUUAGCAUGAUUUAUUCAUAUUAAAGUGUCACUAAAACACUGAAUUCAUCAUUUUCAAGGUUUUUUUUAGUUUACAAUCUGUUAAAAAAAAAAAUUCAAAAGAGGUGAUCGAUACUCUUCAUCAGAAACAUCGCUAUUUCUGCAUCGCUUCUGAAUCCUCUCGGCAUCCUACGGUCGGUCCCUUUGCUCUGCUUUCGUUUGCUUGUCUUAUGCUCAGGUGUCAGCGAGCAAGGGAUCGACAAUUUGUUUUUCUAUUUUCCCGAAGGACAUAUUUCAAAAUAGUACCAGUUAAGUUCAUGAAACCCAACCAAACGAGUCAGUGCGAGAGCGCAGGGUCGCACGGGUGCCGAGGCAGAACAAUCCAAGUAAUCAAGUCCCCACCAGUCCGAUGUUUAUUUUGGUCUGCAAAAGUACAAAUAUAGUUAUUGUCCCGGAAUGAAACGGCACUUGUAUAACGAUAGUCUUGUAUUCCUGAGUGUAUGGGACACGCGAAAGCACUUUUUUUUUUUUUUUUGCAUUAUCAUUACUUUUGAUCUCCAAUAAAGUGUCUAUUUUCACAGCAGUUGACAGUGUGUUACCAUCUUCCAGACAUUCACAUUUUGCAUUGACUGACCCUUACAAGAACACUCCAUUUCAGCGACCAUGUGCAAACGUGAUCAUCAAAUAACACAAAAUCAUAAGCCCGCCUCACAAAAUGUUUGGGAUGAAAUCACACUUUGGAAAAUGCAACAACCUUGAC